AUGGUGAGCGGGGCCGCCGUCCCACGCGGGGAGGAUCGCGGGAGCCCGUGUGGCGUUGUCCCGGGGUGCGGGACCCGGCGGCGGGACGCGGCGCCCGGUGUGAUCGCGUUUGUUCACCUGAGGUUACCGAGGGUCCCUGCACCUCUCGCAUGUAGAUGCCACCGUGGUCCAGUCCCGUGUGUUAGGAAGACAGACCCGCUGUGGUUCCCUCCUCAGGCUGCAGUGAGCUAUGAGGAUGUGCAUGUGAACUUCACUCAUGAAGAGUGGGCUUUGCUGGGACCUUCUCAGAAGAGUCUCUACAGAGAUGUGAUGCUGGAAACCUACUGGAACCUCACUGCUAUCGGUUACAAAUUGGAAGAUCACAAUGUUGAAGAAUACUGUCAAAGUUAUAGAAGACAUAGAAGGUAUAACACCUGUCAUUGUGGAUACAAGCCUUGUGAACAUAGGGAAUUUGAAAAGAACCACUAUAUCUUUGCAUGUAACGAUUUUCUUCAAAUAUAUGAUAAAAUCCAAACUGAAGAGAAACCCUAUGAAUGUAGUCAAUGCAGUAAAGCCUUUGCAAAUUUUCGUAGUCUUCGAAAACAUGAAAAGAACCACACUAGAGAAAAACCCUAUGAGUGUAGUCAAUGCAGUAAAGCCUUUGUAAGUCGCAGUUCUCUUCAAAUACAUGAAAGAACUCAUACGGGAGAGAAGCCCUUUGACUGUAAUGAAUGUGGUAAAGCAUUUUCAACUCGCAGUCAUCUUCAAAUACACCAAAGAACUCAUACUGGAGAAAAACCCUAUGAUUGCAGUGAAUGUGGUAAAGCAUUUGCACGUAGCAGCAAUCUUCAAAUACACAAAAGAAGUCAUACAGGAGAGAAACCCUAUGAUUGCAGUGAAUGUGGGAAAGCAUUUGCUAGCCGCAGUCAUCUUCAAAUACACAAAAGAACUCAUACAGGAGAGAAACCUUAUGAUUGUGAUGAAUGUGGGAAAGCCUUUUCAACUCGCAGUCAUCUUCAAAUUCAUAAAAGAAAGCACACUGGAGAAAAACCUUAUGAAUGUAAUCAAUGCGGUAAAGCCUUUAUAGGUCGCAGUCAUCUUCAAAUACAUAAAAGAGUGCACACUGGAGAGAAACCUUAUGAGUGUAAUCAGUGUGGUAAAGCUUUUGCAUAUAACAGUGAUCUUCACCGACAUGAAAUAAUUCACACUGGAGAGAAACCCUACGGAUGUAAUCAGUGUGGUAAAGCCUUUGCAAGUCGUAGUAGUCUUCGAAAUCACGAGGAACGUCAUACUCUUGAGAAACCGUAUGAAUGUACUCUAUGUGGUAAAGCCUUUGCAUAUUGCAGUAAUCUUUAUAUACAUGAAAGAUGUCAUACGGGAGAGAAACCAUAUGUAUGUACUCAGUGUGGUAAAGCCUUUGCACGUCGCAGUCACCUUCAUAUACAUGAAAGAAUUCAUGCUGGAGAGAAACCUUAUGAGUGUAAUCAGUGUGGAAAAGCCUUUCUACUUCGCAGUAGUCUUCAAAUACAUGAAAGAACUCACACUGGAGAGAAACCUUAUGUAUGUAAUCACUGUGGUAAAGCCUUUGCACGUCAGAGUCUUCUUCAAAUACAUGAAAGAAGUCACACGGGAGAGAAACCUUAUGAGUGUAAUCAGUGCAGUAAGGCGUUUGUUUGUCGCAGUAGUCUUCAAAUGCAUGAAAGAACUCACACGGGAGAGAAACCUUAUGUGUGUAAUCAGUGUGGUAAAGCCUUUGCACGCCGCAGUCUUCUCCAGAAACAUGAAAGAAGUCAUAGUGGAGAGAAACCUUAUGAGUGUAAUCAAUGUGGUAAAGCCUUUGCAAGUCGAGGUAGUCUUCGAAAUCAUGGAAAACAUCAUACUAUUGAGAAACCUAAUGAAUGUAAUCAGUGUGCUAAAGUGUUUACAUCUCUCCCACCAUCUUCAAAUAUAUGAAACAAACCACACUGGAAAGAACCUCUGAGUGUAAUCAAUGUGGAAAAUCCUUUACAAGUCACAGUUAUCUUCAAAUACACAAAAGAAGUCACA